CUUGACUUGACGAUGCCCAUUCUUGACUUGACGAUGCCCGAUUACCGUGCUCGCCUAGCCGAACUUGGCUACGUCCUCCCGCCUGUGUCGCCCCCCAAGGGCAACUACAAGCUCCUCACUCGUGUCGGCAACUUGAUCUACACGGCUGGUCAUAUCCCAACGCCGGCAAACGGAGCGUUGAUCACGGGCAAGGUUGGCGUCGAUCUCACGACGGAACAAGCGUACGAAGCUGCGCACGUUGUCGCACUUGCGCUCCUCGCGACUUUGCAAAACGAAUUGGGCGACUUGAACAAGAUCAAGCAAAUCGUCAAGUUGACGGGGUUCGUCAACGCCGUCGAUGGCUUCGCUGCCCAACCCACCGUCAUCAACGGGGCGUCUGACACGUUUGCCAAGGUUUUUGGCGACCACGGCGUCGGCGCUCGGUCGGCCGUCGGCACCAACGGCCUCCCUUUGAAUGUUCCCGUGGAAAUCGAAGCGAUCGUCGAAGUCCACGAUGCCUGAAUGGACAACAAUUGCUGAAUAAAUGUAUGUUAAAUGUCAUUCGUUUAGCCGUCCUC